AUGGUGAGGUCCCAGACUGAGUCCAGCACAGCCCCUGGCAUUCCUGGUGGCAGCAGGCAGGGCCCCGCCAUGAACAACACCGCAUCUGAGCCUCGGCCCGGCGCCGGCUCCCUGCAGCACUCUGCGCCGCAGCCUCGGAAGAAGCGGCCUGAGGACUUCAAGUUUGGGAAAAUUCUUGGGGAAGGCUCUUUUUCCACGGUUGUCCUGGCUCGAGAACUGGCAACCUCCAGAGAAUAUGCGAUUAAAAUUCUGGAGAAGCGACAUAUCAUAAAAGAGAACAAGGUCCCGUAUGUAACCAGAGAGCGGGAUGUCAUGUCGCGCCUGGAUCACCCCUUCUUUGUUAAGCUUUACUUCACAUUUCAGGACGACGAGAAGCUGUAUUUCGGCCUUAGUUAUGCCAAAAAUGGAGAACUACUUAAAUAUAUUCGCAAAAUCGGUUCAUUCGAUGAGACCUGUACCCGAUUUUACACGGCUGAGAUUGUGUCUGCUUUAGAGUACUUGCACGGCAAGGGCAUCAUUCACAGGGACCUUAAACCGGAAAACAUUUUGUUAAAUGAAGAUAUGCACAUCCAGAUCACAGAUUUUGGAACAGCAAAAGUCUUAUCCCCAGAGAGCAAACAAGCCAGGGCCAACUCAUUCGUGGGAACAGCGCAGUACGUUUCUCCAGAGCUGCUCACGGAGAAGUCCGCCUGUAAGAGUUCAGACCUUUGGGCUCUUGGAUGCAUAAUAUACCAGCUUGUGGCAGGACUCCCACCAUUCCGAGCUGGAAACGAGUAUCUUAUAUUUCAGAAGAUCAUUAAGUUGGAAUAUGACUUUCCAGAAAAAUUCUUCCCUAAGGCAAGAGACCUCGUGGAGAAACUUUUGGUUUUAGACGCCACAAAGCGGUUAGGCUGUGAGGAAAUGGAAGGGUACGGACCUCUUAAAGCACACCCGUUCUUCGAGUCCGUCACGUGGGAGAACCUGCACCAGCAGACGCCUCCGAAGCUCACCGCUUACCUGCCGGCUAUGUCGGAAGACGACGAGGACUGCUAUGGCAACGUAAGCUGGCCGGGAUGGCGGGCGAGGCGGGUGGCACUGGGUCCUCCGUGCACUGGGCUUCAUGCCCGUGCGCCAGACCCACGUGUGAUUUGUAGCCGAAAGGGGAGGGUGUCUUUGCCACUGCGGCAGGCCUGUUGGUGGUUGUAGUCUUUGCUGCCGUGAGGCAGCGGCAGGUGAGGUGCUGGGUGGGUCAUUUUCUCCUCAUUUCCGUGGCCGUGGACAGGCUAGUGAGUUUCCACCCAGAGGGUGCCGCUAGAACCGUACACUGAGCACCCCCGGCACUGGCCCCGGGGUCCCACGUACGGGGCCUCCUGCCCGGCCUGUCGCAUCUGCGCUUGGCUUGGUGCUUGUACAACUGUGCGUCCAAGAUGCUCCAGAACACUGCCUGUCUUUCCACAGAAACGCCCGAGUGUUGUGUGCUUGAACUUUUGGGACGUGGCGUUGGUGGGGACACUGGUGCCUUCUGCUUCAGUGCUGAGUAGGCUCUGAGGCUGCUGGUCUCCCAGCUUGACCACAGCCAUGGGGUCUUCAGCACGCUUGGCUCUUUAAGCUUCUCGUAGAGAGCGUGGACCGUGUGCCCAAGGGACCGAGGGUGUUGUGAGAGGCAGGCAUGUCGCCCACUUCAGCCUUGUUUCCUCUGAGUUCCUCUUGCCACCUCCCCCGUGACCCCCUCAUACUUAAGUGCUGUUAUCAUGAGAUCCAUUUUUCUGGCUUGACUUCUGUCGCCAUGGCUUAUUCUAACUGGCACCGUGUACGGAGUUCCACUUUCCAUGACUGAGGAAGUCCAGAUUUUAUUUAUUUGUUUUGAGACAGGGUCUUGGUGUGUCGCUCAGGCUGGAGUGUAGUGGCGCGAUCUCGGCUCACUGCAACCUCUGCCACUGUGGGUUCAAGCGAUUCUCCUGUCUCGCCCUCCCGACUAGCGGGAACUGCAGGUGUCCGCCACCAUGCCCGGCUAAUUUUUGUAUUUUUAGUAGAGACAGGGUUUCGCCAUGUUGGCCAGGCUGGUGUGGAACUCCUGACCUCAAGUGAUCUACCCGCCUCGGCCUCCCAAACUGCUGGGGUUUUAGGCAUGAGUUACUGCACCCAGCUGGGAAUUCUAGAUUUUAUCUAAAAGUCAUCCACAGCUAAAUUUCUGCUAGUGUCAAAGUUUCCCAAUGCCCCUACCACGCCCCUGCUGUGUAACGCCCCUCAUCCUCCCGACAUCCUUUGAGCCCAAA